AUGGAAGACUACGCACCGCCGUCUGGCCCGCCCCCGCCAAAAGCGCCAGAAGUUCCGGCCGGAUGGGUCGCGCGCUGGAACGACCAGUACAAGGAGUGGUUCUAUGUAAACGUGUACACCAAGAAAUCGCAAUGGGAUAAACCCACCGCGCCGGUCUUCCCAGUCGACGAGAACGCCCCGACUGAUCCGCCGCCGGGCUAUGAACCCGGCAACGGGCCCGCGCCAACAGAUACCAAGAAGAACCCCUAUGAUGACCCGACAGCCCAAAAUCGACAUGCUGGUGCGUCGUCGACACAGGACGAAGAUGCCAAGCUAGCGGCAAAGUUGCAGGCCGAGGAGGAUGCGAGGGCGCGCGGUGGUCCUACUCCCCCGGCUGGAUAUGCCGCUGGCGGUGCGGCGGAUUCAUAUGCCCAGGGGGGAGCGGGACACUCGCAGAGCCCGUUUCCCUCGGACUUGCCUCCUAGAGACGAUGCCCGGGGCAAAGACCGUGGUUUUCUAGGUAAAUUGUUUGGAAAGGGGAAGAAUCCGCAGGGUGGACAGGGCUACGGAGGAUAUCCCCAGCAGCAGAAUUACUAUCAGAGCCCGCCGCCCCAGCAGUACGGCGGAUAUCCCCAGGGGCCGCCUAUGGGACAAUAUGGCGGAGGGUACGGACAGCCUGGAUAUGGAGGGUAUCCUCCUCAGGGUGGUUAUGGUGGUGGUUAUGGCGGAUAUCCGCAGGGUGGUUACCAGCAGCAGGGACGGAGACCCGGUGGUAGUGGUAUGGGCAUGGGUCUCGCGGGUGGUGCGUUGGGUUUGGGCGCUGGUGUUUUGGGCGGUGCGCUGAUUGCGGACGCUAUUCACGAUCAUGAUCAGUCAGAGUACAACCAGGGAUACCAGGAUGGCAUGGACAAUGAUUAUGAUGGCGGUGGUGGUGGUGAUUUUGACGGCGGCGGCGACUUUUAG